AUGACGAUUGACGAAGAACUUCGAUUUUCCAUACCUUUAUCAAGAUUGGAGAUGAGUUGCAAGGUUAUCAUCGACAAUGGAAGUUGUAUCAAUGCAGUCUCUUCAGCCAUGAUAUCCAAACUUAAUCUCAAGGUGACAUCCCAUCCUAACCCCUACAAGGUCGCUUGGAUAAAUUCGACUACCAUAGAAAUUAAAGAAAGAAGCCUUAUCCCCAUAGAGUUUGUUGGAUAUCAAGAGAAAAUUUGGUGUGAUGUGUUGACUAUGGAUGUAGGUCAGAUUAUCCUCGAUCGCCCGUGGUUAUUCGAUAACGACGUCCAUAUUUAUGGGAGAACUAACACCUACGUGUUCGAGCAUAACGGUAAGAAAAUCAAGUUGAUACCUUCACAACCUAAGCGCCAUAAGACGGAAGUCAAGCCCACCCCUGCCAAACAAAGCAUAAGACUACACCUUUUGACUGCAAAGGAAGUGGAAGAUGAGAUUAACCAAGGAACCACCAUGUACGCCCUAGUGGCUCGUGAAACAAUUAAAGAGUUAGGAGAACCCAUUCCGGAAGAGGUCCAACCACUCCUUGAAACAUUUUUUGAGGUUAUCCCUGAAGACCUUCCAAACCAACUGCCCCCUCUACGAGACAUACAACACGCGAUAGACUUAGUACCCGGAGCCUCGCUACCCAACCUUCCCCACUACCGUAUGAACCUAGGGGAGAACGCUAAGCUAAAAGAGCAAGUGGAUGAUCUGCUCCAAAAGGGAUUUAUAAAGGAGAGCUUAAGCCUAUGUGUGGUCCCUGCCCUUCUAACCCCAAAAAGGAUGGCUCCUAGAGGAUGUGUGUUGAUAGUCAUGCCAUCAAUAAGAUUACUGUGA